AUGAACGAACGGGAAGACGGCGGUGCCUCCACCUCCUACGAGCAGCGCCUGGGUGCCGCGCGCAGACGACGCUCCGUCACUAUCGGCGAGGCCGAGUACUCCGCAACGCACCCACCAGCAGCCAAAGGUAAAGGUAAAAACAACGCCACGGCGGCAGACCCGCCACUGGUGCCGACAACUCCGAGCGCCGUACUGUCGAGUCUGGACGACUACAAGCCAUUACCGGCAAAGGAAGGAGAGCCAAAUAGGUUUACUGUGCCAAUAACGGAUAUCCCCGAUUGGUAUGUGGACAACGUCUACCUCCUCCGCGGAUACCGCCGCAUCACAAACUCCUAUCUGGGUUGCGUAAAGUCCCUAUCCUACCUCCACAACGAGACCGGAAACGUCCUCUCACACGGCGUUGGCGCGGCCGGGUUCAUCGUCCUGGCACAGGUUUUCUACGGGUGGUUGACGGUGGAGACGAGCACGUGGGCGGAUAAGACUAUCAUGGGACUGUUCUUUUUGGCUGCGAUCGUGUGUUUGGGCUUGUCGACCACGUUCCAUCUGUGUUGCUGUCAUUCGAGAGGUGUUGCUGCGAUUUGGUUGCGGGGGGAUUAUGUCGGCAUUGUGCUGCUUAUCAUGGGCUCGUUCGUUCCAAGCAUCUACUACGGCUUCUUCUGCAACCCUUCCCUACAAGCGGUGUAUCUGUCCAUCAUUGUCAUCUUCGGAAUCACAACGAUCUGCAUCACCGUAUCCCCCAAAUUCUUCGCCCCAAAGUACAGAUUACUGCGGACGGGUCUCUUUGUCGCUAUGGGAUUCACGGGAGUCGCGCCGCUGGUACAUGCGGUUGUCAAAUACGGGUCACAUAUGACGAAACACGCGUUAUCAUCCGGGUCGCUGAUAUCUUCGGGGAUAAUAUACUUCAUCGGGGCCGUUGUUUACAUCUCCCGGGUGCCAGAAAGAUGGUGGCCAGGCCGCUUCGACAUCUGGUUCCACUCCCACCAAAUCUUCCACAUCCUGGUCGUCGCCGCUGCGUUCGUGCACUACCUCGGCGUCGUGGAGCAGCAGAAAUGGUGGCACGAGCAUAACCGCCAGUGCGCGUUGUCGCCGGACCAGAUUGUGCGGAAUCUUAUUGGAAAGCUUAAUUUAACGUAG